AUGCCUUCAGUGUCAGUGAGUCCUUCUGGUGAAAUCAUUGAGGGCAGUUCAGUGACUUUGACCUGUAGCAGUGAUGCUAACCCAGCAGCUAAAUACACCUGGUACAAGAAGAAUGUAAAUCCAGACCUUCAACCUCUCAGUAAAGAACCACAGCUUGUCUUCAGCUCCAUCCAGUCCUCUGACUCUGGAGAGUAUUACUGUACAGCUGAGAGCAGGAUGGGGAAGAGGACAUCUGAAAACAUCUUUCUUGAUGUGAAAUAUGCUCCAAAGCUUCCCUCUGUGUCAGUGAGUCCCUCUGGUGAGAUAGUGGAGGGCAGUUCAGUGAAUCUGACCUGUAGCAGUGAUGCUAACCCAGCAGCUAAUUACACCUGGUACAAGGAGAAUGAAGACUCACCAAAAGCAUCAGGACAGAUCUUCACCAUCACUGAUGUCAGACCUGAACACAGUGGGAAUUAUUACUGUGAAGCCCAGAACAGAAGAGGACGUCAUAACUCCACCUUACAUGUAAUUGUUCUGAAAGUGGUACAGGGUCAGAAUGGCUGGGGAGUGACUUACACUUCUACUCACAUCUGUGCCGUAAAAGGAUCAACAGUGGACAUAAACUGCACCUACAGAUACCCAUCCAUGAUAAAUAAUGUUGAUACUGUAGUUGAUAAAACAUUCUGGUUUACUAAUUUGAGCAAUACUGAACCUGUGGAUCUGAAAAACGCAGGUCGUGUGCAGUAUCACUGUGAUAAGAACGACUGCACUCUGAGAAUCACAGACCUGAAAGAGAGAGACUCAGCUGAGUACAAGUUCAUGUUCAUAACAAACCAACCAGGAGGGAAAUAUAUGGGUUCAGCUGGAGUCACUUUGACUGUCACAGAUCUCCAGGUGCAGGUGAUCGGAGCAGCAGCCUGUAAAGACGGCACCUGUGAGCUGAAGUAUGCUUACAAGAUGCCUUUUGUGUCACUGAGUCCCUCUGGUGAAAUCAUUGAGGGGAGUUCAGUGACUCUGACCUGUAGCAGUGAUGCUAACCCAGCAGCUAAAUACACCUGGUACAAGAAGAAUGUAAAUCCAGACCUUCAACCUCUCAGUAAAGAACCACAGCUUGUCUUCAGCUCCAUCCAGUCCUCUGACUCUGGAGAGUAUUACUGUACAGCUGAGAGCAGGAUGGGGAAAAGGACACCUGCAAACAUCUCUAUUGAUGUGAAAUAUGCUCCAAAGCUUCCCUCUGUGUCAGUGAGUCCCUCUGCUGAGAUAGUGGAGGGCAGUUCAGUGACGCUGACCUGUAGCAGUGAUGCUAACCCAGCAGCUAAUUACACCUGGUACAAGGAGAAUGAAGACUCACCAAAAGCAUCAGGACAGACCUUCAUCAUCACUGAUGUCAGACCUGAACACAGUGGGAAUUAUUCCUGUGAAGCCCAGAACAGAAGAGGACGUAAUAACUCCACCUUACAUCUGAAUGUUAUGACAGGAACAGGAAUAACAAUCAUCGCUGCUGGAGGAACAGCUGCUGUUCUCCUGCUUAUCACAAUCCUCUCUGUCUUCCUAUGGAUGAGGAAAAAGAGAGCCUCCCAUCAAUCGUCUGAGGCUGAGGAGAGACCAGACGACAGAGAGAGGGUGAGGAGGGAGAGUUAUACUAUUCUACCCUGGUUUCACACUUCCACACUCACUAUCUUAAAGUGA